UAAGAGCUAGUUAUUAAAUUAUGCACUCAAAAUAACACUAAAACAGUAAAAUAAACCUCAACUUAUGCUGUCAUAUUUGUCACGUAAUGUUUUUUUAUCUGACGAAACCGUGAGAUAACGUCAGAACUAUUCUUUAAAACACAACUUGUACCACGAGGUUCAAUCAGUUACCACCAACAUGCCUUGCCCCACGGGAUGUACCGACCCAGAUAAUUGUGACAAAGAAGUCUGUAAAAAGGAACAAUGUUGUAAACCAACAAACGAGGAAGUCUGUUGUCCCAGGCCAAAGAAGGAAGAGAAAUCAGAUGAUGUCUGCUGUCCUAUACCAAAAAAAGUCGAUACAUCCGAUGAAGUCUGUUGUCCAAGACCAAAGAAGGAGGAGGUUUCUGAGGAUGCAUGUUGUCGAAGACCUACUGCUAAAUGAGAUAGAAAGAAUAACACUUUAAUAUAAUUUUGGCUGAAGUUCCCUAACUAUUUUCCCAAAUGUAAAUAGCCAUUCAUUAAUAACUUCUACAUCAUUACUUCUACUUCAUCAUAACUUCUAUCUUAGUACCUAAUAACAAUAAAUAAAAUUAUAAAUCUUUAU